AUGAGGUCCUCCGACGUCAUAGAAAUCGACGAACACUGUCUCUCGGGCAAGGGAUACCCGCCGCAUGCCUUCCGCCUCACACAGAAGUUCCGAGAGUACGUGCUGUUCAUGCAGAAAUGCCUCAUGCCAUACGACAAGGAAAGCGCCAUGAGCGACAACGACCAAAUGUUGGGCCUCGUGAUGGCAUCGGGGAGGAUGUGCCCCAAAGGCGAAAUCGAGAUACGAAGCGAGGCUGGAAAGGGCAGCCCGGAAGACAUCCUCGAGUUGGGCGUACGGUGCUAUACAGGCCAGGGCGGGCCUCCUAAGAAUCCCAAAGUCGGGCUGGAGCAAUGGCUGUACCUCAUCGAUCCGGAGCGCGGCCUGAAGCUCGCCACCCCUCCUAAUCGGCGCAUCCUCUCGCAAGCUCAUUCCUGCAUUGCGUGGUACUACAUCGAGAAGGUUCAUUCUAAGCGCACGCUCAACAUGGACGACCUCACACGCGCUGCGGAGGCCGCGGACGCGGCCGCGAGCCUGGGGUACUUCACGCCCGCCGUCAUCUCCGUCGCCGAGUACGUCGACAACGCGAAGGACGACGAAUCAGGCAAGUGUUAUUGGGAGAUCGCCCCCUUCGAUGGAAUGCAGGAUCUUCGCCGCGUGUAUGAGCGUCGGCAGCGCGAGGACUGGAAAGAAGGACACAAGUCGAGGUGCAAGCCGGGUCCCCCUACGCCGCCGGCUUCAGAUGAUGCUUUCGAUGAGGAGGACGAAGUGUAA